AGUUGGAGGAGCGGAGGAGUGAUGGCGGUGAAGCUGUGGGCUUCCUGAGCAAAGUUUUGCUGCUCUAAAGAAGUCUUGUGGAACCACGCGCGGGGGAAAAGACCAUCAAUUUUGGAAUACUGGCGGUUGAUUGAAGCGCGUGCGAGAGUGACUCCGGGAAGCGUUUCCUGGUGUGUGUGUGUGUGUGCGCGCGCUACGUGUCCUUGACGACGGGAGAAUUUUGGGAGCCGCAGAAACUAGUUUUGUGAACUUCGGGGAGAGAGAGAGAGAGAGACAGAGACAGAGACAGACACAGACACAGACACAGAGAGAGAGAGAGACGGAGUCAGGCGAGCUAGCGCGUUAGCAUGGCUCAGCCUGCUGUGUUCAACUCACGCGAACCGUGUGUUUUUGUACUUGUAGACAAGUACGUUAAUAGCGUACUUUAUUCAUUUAAAGAGUUUUCGGUGGUGAAAUAAACGUACGGAUAUUUAGCUUGAUUCAUUCGCCUGGGAUGAGCAGGUACUUUUGCACCUGUUGCUCACGGCUUGAAAACUCUCUCAUGACGGCCAGUGGGGAAUGUUUUUUUUUCUUCCUGGAGUUUUUUUUUUUUUUUUUACAAGAAUAAAACAGACUUAAGAGCGGACUUGAACUGAUAUUGUAGCUUUUACUCUAAAGAUUAUGUUUAAAACGGGGAGCGUUCGUUUAGAAAGUACUCUGGCUAAUGUUGAUGUCCGAGCUUCGGAGACACUUUGCACUCCCAGAUUGGUUGGCUGGUUUACGUGGAAACAAAGCAGUGGGUCUCUUAACCUCUGUUAAGCAGGACUUAACCUGAGCAGCUCGCCAUUAACGAGACGUUGAUUUGAUAUAAAGUGACCCGGAAUUUGUUAGGAACUUUGUGUGUGGAUGUGUCAGAAGGGAAUACAACAAUUGGACUAGUUUUACUUCGAUUUGACAUCAGGGCACCUUAUGGUGCUCCUGCAGGCACAGAGACAUGGAUGUUCCCCAGGCCGUUUUCUCAAACGGUGAGGGGCGCCUGAGCCUCGAAGACCAUGUCUGGACGGAGUCGUCCAACUCGGGGGCUUGGGCUCAUUCUGCUCCCGUGUGUCCCCGUUCGCUCUGGACUGCAGUUUUUGACUAUGAGGCCAGCGGUGAGGACGAGCUCAGCCUGCGGCGCGGAGACGUGGUGGAGGUCCUGUCUAAGGACGCUGCUAUCUCGGGAGACGAAGGGUGGUGGACUGGGAAAAUUAACCGUCGCGUGGGCAUCUUCCCAUCAAAUUAUGUUACGUACCAACCAGCCAUUUAUAGACUUCCUGCCGGUGGCUCGGUUGGGAAUCGGGUCAGUGACCCGUCCGCCCCUGUUCAGAUACCUUUUUCUGAACUAGUUUUAGAAGAAAUAAUCGGCGUUGGUGGUUUUGGCAAAGUUUACCGGGGGACUUGGAAAGAGCAGGAGGUCGCGAUGAAGGCCGCUCGGCAGGACCCCGACGAGGACAUUAAAGCAACUGCAGACAGUGUUAAGCAAGAAGCCAAACUUUUCUCAAUGCUGCAACACCCUAACAUUAUUAAACUGGAGGGGGUGUGUUUGGAUGAGCCGAACCUGUGUUUAGUCAUGGAAUAUGCCCGAGGAGGGACUCUGAACCGCGCCUUGACGGGCAGGAGGAUCCCCCCUCAUAUCCUUGUGAACUGGGCCGUCCAGAUCGCCAGAGGCAUGCAAUAUCUCCACGAGGAGGCUGUAGUUCCCAUUAUUCAUCGAGAUCUGAAGUCCAGCAACAUUUUGUUACUUGAAAAAAUCGAAAAUGAUGACAUUGGUCGAAAAACACUGAAGAUUACUGACUUUGGCCUGGCUCGAGAGUGGCACAAAACGACCAAAAUGAGUGCGGCUGGAACUUAUUCCUGGAUGGCUCCAGAAGUCAUCAAGUCCUCCCUGUUUUCCAAAGGGAGUGAUGUUUGGAGUUAUGGAGUCCUCCUUUGGGAAUUAUUGACUGGAGAGGUCCCUUAUCGUGGCAUUGAUGGUCUGGCAGUUGCCUAUGGUGUGGCUGUCAACAAAUUAACCCUUCCCAUUCCAUCUACCUGUCCUGAGCCCUUCGCCAAGCUCAUGGAGGAAUGCUGGGAGCAGGAUCCCCAUAUCCGUCCAUCCUUUGCCACCAUCUUAGAGCAACUGACUGCCAUAGAGGAGGCUGUAUUGGCCACUAUGCCGCAGGACUCCUUCCACUCAAUGCAAGAGGACUGGAGAGUGGAGAUCCAAGAGAUGUUUGAUGAGCUACGCACUAAAGAAAAGGAGCUCCGUUCUCGGGAGGAGGAGCUGACGCGAGCAGCCCUUCAGCAGAAGUCUCAUGAAGAGCUUUUGAAGAGGAGGGAACAGCAACUGGCCGAACGAGAAAUUAACGUGCUUGAACGAGAGCUCAACAUCCUCAUCUUCCAACUCAACAAGGACAAGCCCAAUGUUAAGAAACGGAAGGGCAAGUUCAAGCGCAGCCGUCUGAAGCUCAAAGAUGGAAACCGCAUCAGCUUACCCUCAGAUUUUCAGCAUAAGAUCACAGUUCAGGCUUCGCCCACUAUGGACAAGAGGAGAAGCCUUAACAGCACCAACUCCAGCCCCCCCAGCAGCCCUACACUUAUCCCCCGGCUCCGUGCCAUCCAGUUGAGCCACCCAGGUGACCGUAGCCGAAGGGACAGUAUGUUUGUGUAUCACCAAGAUGUGGAUAUCACAAGCGAAUGUAAACCACCUAGUGGGUUUAAGAAAAAAGUGACCCUGGACGAGAGUAAUAGGACAUGGGGUCGAAGCACCAAUUACAAACCUGAGGAGUUUGAAGAUGUUAAAAAAGGGUUUAAGAAGAAGGGGCGCACAUGGGGACCAAGCUCCGUUCAGACGAAGGAAAGGGGAAAUUGUGCUGAAAGAGUUCGACCUCUCUCAGAUGGAAGCAGUCCCUGGUCCACUAGUCUUCUGAAAGCCCAGAAAUCUGUUCCAUUAGCUGCCUUAUUUGCAGAGCAGGGAACCGGUAAAGAUGAAAUAUGCUCUUCUGAUAGAUCCGACAACAAACCAAAGCAACUCAAGUUCCCCAACCAGGUGUAUAUUGAUCUACCUAUGUGGAAAGAUGAGCAGGGGGAGAGCCAGGGGCUGGGUGGAGGAGGUGGAGGUGACAGCCAGGAGGACUCAACAACAUCCACCAGUUCCACCAGCACCACACCGCUGCACACACCCACAAACAGCCUAAAGCGUGCCGCCACACGCCGCCGCAUUGACUGUGUUCUCUACGGCUGCGCCUCCAUCCUGGCGUCCGUCGCAUUCGGCUUUGACCUGCGAGAGGUCUGUAAGGCCCCUGCCAGCGAGGAACCAGAACCACGUGAGGAUAAAAAAAAACGAGAGGGCCUAUUUCAGCGUGCUACUCGCUUCCGCCGCAGCACCAGCCCCCCUAGUGGCCGCUCACGCAAGGAUGAGAUCACCGCAGGGCCUGUAAACCUGCUCGCCAUGUCAUCGAUUUCAGAGUGUAACUCCACCAAGUGCCUCCUGCAGUCAGAUUUUGUGGUCUCUUCUGGGUAUGGUCCAGUGAAAGAUUCUCCGCCCAAUUCCCAGACAGAUCAGAACAGUGUGAUAACCACUGUGAGAAGUGAAGUUAUCCCCACAACCCCCUUAAAAGAUCAUAAUUUUGGAUCCAACUCCAGGCUUAGAAGAAAGAAGUCCAGUCCUGCUGUGUGUCAAACCAUUAAUGGCAGCAGUAACUCCCAGAACAGCCCAGCUGAUUCCUCUACCACUUCUUCAUUCUUAAGAAAGAAGCCUGACAGAGAGCCUGCUCAAGAGGAGCAAGCUCACACUGAAUCAGUUUCCAGACCUAGACCGCUUUCCCUUAGAGGCAAAUCUCACACCUGGGGUCUUCUAAAGAGUCGCAACAAGAGCUAUUCCCUCGGGCAAUAUUCUGGGGAGAAGAGUGCUCAAAACUUGGACAUUGUCCUCCCCACAGAGGUCAAAAUGGGCUGCUCUUUGUUGGACAUGGACACAGAGAGUCAGAAACGAGACUGUACUGUUCCCCUCUGUCGAAUACAGAGCGGUCCAAGCCGACCCUCUGUCUUCGAACUGGAGAAAGAGUUUUUAUCCUGAAUUAAGCUGCCUUUUUUUCCUGGAGGAAAAUCUUACUUUUGUCUUUAAUAUGUCUGCGUUUGGUUUUGUUUUUUCAAAAAGUUUAACAUCAUGGCCUUUGAUCUAUAUUUGAGCCAUUGCUGCUGGAGUUAUUCUAUGGUACUUUUUAUUUAUAUUCUGUUAACUUUUAUAUGUAAUUUAAUAUGAAGUGACAUAUUUGAAGUGAAUGAUCAACAUUCCAGUGAAUUUUCUUUAGGAUUGCUGGUGUGUCGUUUUUACGCAAGGACUUGGAUCAUACACUUUUUACCCUGAUGAACAAUAUCUCAGAUUAUUUUAGAAACUACUGAUAUUGAAAGUAUUCAGGCAUUUUAGUCUCUGUCACAUAAUUUCACAUGAAAGACAUGAGCAGGGCCUACAGUGUUUAUAUAAAUAUUAUAUAGAUGUUGGAAAAGAGUUACUAUUAGUGAUCUGAUGAAAUGGCAUAGCUAAUUAACAGAUGUUUUGCUCCAAACAGCAAAUAGAUCAACUCAGAAUUCACUUCCAUAUCAUAAUAGCUCAUUUGUCGUACACAAAUACAUGACCUUGCAUUUGGAAGGUUUGUCUGUAAUGACCUGUUUGAAACUGAUUGCUGAACCAUUGAAUCUGAUUCCUGAACCAUGCAGUUGUCCACUUUAUUUGAUGGAAAUUGUCUUCUUAACGCUGUGUUGGAUACCCACUUCAUUGACUUGACACAUUGAAUUUCUGGAUGAAUUACAUGCACCUUGUGACAUUUUUACCAUUAAUUUAAUGCAGAUUUAUGUAUUUAUGUCUGCCAGGAGUGUACAUGCCUGUUUUGUAUAUCUACAGUAUAGGUUGCAUUCCUAUAAUUAAUUUAGGCAUGAAUCCAGUGUUGUUGAUCAACUCAGUUGGGGGAGGCACUGUCUUUGAAUACUUUGUAUACAGUAUGGAAAUCACAUUGUUAUUCUACUGCCAUUUAAUGAAAAGUGAAUGAAAACAAUAUUGAAAAGAGUAUUUAAGCUACGAUUUCCAUCAUUCUGAUGUGUUAAAUAUCACAUUCCACUUUUGAUACACCAAUAAUUUCAUUCAGAUGCCAGAAUGCUAUUAAAGUUUACACUGCAAAGGGUUCAGUAAAACUUCAAAAUAGAAUGUUUAUCAGCGUAAUUGACUGUUAAAUCAUGAUUUGUUGUAUCUUUGCAUGUUAAACUCUUACCUGUACUGUAUCUUAGUAAUUUAAGGCUGCAGCCAUAAAUCCAAAAUGGUCUUUUGACUGUCAAUCUUUAUAUUUUAACUGUACUCUCAGUCAUUAUACUGUUGAGAAGACUGAAUGUUUUUUUUUCAUUGCCUGUUGUUAAAUUUAGCACAGAAUCUUGUUUUUCAGUUUUGUUUGUGACAUUUAAAAGAUCCUCCUAAAGAAUUAAAGAUGUGAAGAAUGAUUUAAAAAAAAAAAUGCUUAACUGAACAAAUUAAAAGUUAUUUUGAGGUUAUUUGGUGUCAAGUGGAAAAGUAUUAGAACUCGUUUGUUGGAAUGGAUAUUUGAGAAAUGACUACCCAUAUACAGUAUUGAAAAUAUCUUUUCUAGUAGGUACAAGUAAUUAUCUGCUGUAAUUUACUAUAUACAAUUCAGAGUAAAUGUGCUUUUUCAUAAAGUGUCAGGUUUUCACACUGUCCAGCAUUUUCUCCUGUUCAGCAACAACCAUCGUGUGGUGAUGUGUUUUGAAGAACAAAUUUUGUUAAAGUGUAGCACUGGAGUUUUUCAUUUUGAAUCAUGUAAAGAUGGUUGCUCAUUACAUUUAUGCUGUUAUCUUAAGGUAUUGAAACUUUGUUUUAUCCCAGGACUGGAUUAAUGUUUUGCUAGUUUAGAUAUACAACUGCACAUUAGGACUCAGUGGACUCGAGAGAGAUUGUGGUGCCUCUUUUUUAUGUCUUGCAAUGAUCAUUAAUUUUUAGAUGAACAAUAAUAUGACGCUUGUUUUUGAAGGAUUCAUCUGGUGUUAUUGUAUAAGCACAAUCAUUUCUCCUGAAAUGGGAAAACUACAGAGAUCAACAAUUAUAAGCCGUUUCAUUUGGACUGUGAAAGACAGAAAAUCUUCUGUGGAGUUUGGAAAUAAGAAGAUUUUGUGUUCACCAAAGUUAAAGUUGCCCAUACUGUUUUGGGGAACAUGGUUUCUGUGUGGAGUGCAAGAAGGAUUAGAAAAAUUGUUACAUGGUAUACAUGCACUGCAAAUAGUUUUUGCUUUUUAGUGUCUGCGCUGUGUAAAGAGAGCUGUUUUUAUUCAAUGUUUUACCCAUGUGACCAAUUUAAUGUUUAAAGCUGUUCUAUUCAGAGAUAGACUGGUGAUGCUUCACCAAACUGGUGAUUUGCUCCAGGAGGGCUCAAAGAAAAAAAGGGCUGAGCCCACAAGCAUCGCAUUUAUAUCAAAUUCUACUAUUUUACUGUACACAAGUGACCAAUAAAUCCUUUAUACAACAUUUAA